AGCAGUUGAAAAAAAAAGUGCAAAGGAGUUGUUGCCCUCUAUUGGCUUGUCUUCACUGUACCUCUCCCAUUCUGCUUCCUCCUCCUGAUGAUCCCCAAGUGAAGAUGAGUGACCUGCUGUGAAUAUGACAUCUCUGACAAGUGUCAUUGCCUCCCACCAGUCUGAGUGGGUGUCCUUCACUGAUGAGCUGCUCCUCCCUGUUCACCCACGAGGAAGCACUGAGGCUCCUCCGGUGAAAUGUUUUAAUUCCUCAGACACAUCCUCAGAAGAGAAUCACAAUGCAAAUGGAGAGUUUCAAGACCUUUUCUGCACAGAGCUGGAAGAGGCAGCUGAGCAGCCCAAACUGGAUUCUUCUGUGCUUGGUAACCAUGAUCUUUCAUCAUCCAUCAGUUCUUGGGUUCAGUUUGAAGAUGCACCGUGGACCAGUGCUUCAUCAACCCACCCACAAACAGUGUCUGCAUCAAAAGCACCCAGCUGGACUUCCCCCUCUUCCAACUCUUCUGAGAGGCAAGCCCGUGCCUCAGAGAGCAGCUGGACAACAAACUCAGAGGACACCAGCAGCCCAAGCAUUGCUCCCUCCUACACAGAUCUGCAGUCACUCAAUACCGAGGACUUGACCAGUGGUAGAACAUCUGCAGCAGAUUCAGCUGAUAAUUCCUCAUCUCUCCAGGAAGAUGAAGAGAUAGAUAUGGAGGCUGUCAACUGGCAGCUGAACAACACCUCCAUGAAUGGCCAUUCAUCUACCCCAACCACAGUUCGCUUUCCCAGCUGGGUGACUUUUGAUGACAAUGAAGUCAGUUUUUCACCACAGAGCCUUUCUCCCUUGAAAACAGAUACCCCACCUGCAGAAACACAGACUCCAGAUGUUAACUUUAAUCUCACUACAUCCUUAAAGAAAAGAGAACGUCCUAAAAGCACACUGGGAGACCUCUCCAAAAUUCAAAAAUUAGAUCUUUCCUCUUUAACCAAGUUGCCUUCUGUUGAAACACCACCAUGGAGUGCUACCAAUCCCUUUCUGGAUGAAUCGCUUCGAGAUGUUCAACCCUCACCCAUCAAUCCAUUCAGCUCAUUCUUUGAGGAGCGAGAGAGGCGUUCCAAAAGCUCUUCUGUCUCCAGCGUUCCAGGCAAAAGCCAAAGAGACUCUCUCAUUAUUCUCCAUCAAGAGCCUGACACCAUCAGUUUUAAUGAGGGAAACAAAACUGUAACCCACACAGAUGCUGUAGAGCAGCUCAAACAGCUCCAGAUUGGAGACCCAGAUCGUGUGAGCGGUCCUACCUUGCCUGAUGAUGACCCCAUGAUGCCAUAUGAUCUGGAGGCAGCUUUUUUUAACCUGGCACCAGCUCAGCCAAAGGACGGAUGGCCAAUGAUGCUGAGGAUCCCAGAGAAGAAGAACAUUAUGUCAUCCAGGCACUGGGGACCAAUAUAUGUCAAGCUGACCAACAGUGGAUGUAUACAACUUUUUUAUGAGAAGGGACUGGAGAAGCCUUUUCGGGAACUCAAACUUGAAAUCAAUCAUGAGAUUUCAGAGCGCAAACUGCAGAACUACGAUGAGAAUGGAAGGAUACACAGCGUGCGGUUGGAUCGCACAACGUACAAGGAGAAAAAGAAGUAUCAGCCUAAGCCAGCCAUUGCACACACUGCAGAGAGAGAGCAAAUUAUCAAACUUGGGACUACAGAUUAUGAAGACUUCCUUAGCUUCAUCACUGCUGUGCAAGACACACUGAUGAACUUGCCAGCUUCAUCAACGGAUCUGAGCACAGUAGGACUGAAUUAUCAGGAAGAAGAAAUCACUGUGGAUGUCAGGGAUGAGUUUCAUGGCAUCUUGGCCAAGGGAGAUAGUGUGAUUCUCCAGCACAGUGUGCUGACUCAUAUCUAUGUUCUCAGCUUCCUUUCUGGCCUGGCAGAAUGCAGACUGGGCCUUAACGAUAUCCUGAUCAAAGGGAAUGAAAUAGUUGCAAGGCAGGAUAUUAUGCCUACUACUACCACUAAGUGGAUUAAAUUAUACAGCUGCCGGUUCCAUUCAUGUGUGGAUGAGGAUAUGUUUAAUAACUCCCGUAUUAUCCUGUUCAACCCGCUGGAUGCCUGUCGGUUUGAACUGAUGAGAUUCAGGACUGUCUUUGCUGAGAAAAGUUUGCCUUUCACUCUGAGGACAGCUGCCAGCAUCAAUGGUGCUGAGGUGGAGGUGCAGAGCUGGCUGAUGAUGUCCACGGGGUUCUCUUCCAAUCACGACCCUUUAACUCAGGUCCCUUGUGAAAACGUGAUGAUCCGCUACCCCGUGCCAAGUGAGUGGGUGAAGAACUUUCGCAGGGAGAGUGUCCUGGGGGAGAAAUCUUUGAAAGCCAAGGUGAACAAGGGAGCCACUUUUGGAUCAACCAGUGUGUCUGGUUCUGAGCCAGUAAUGAGAGUAACUUUGGGAACUGCCAAAUACGAGCAUGCCUUUAAUUCCAUUGUAUGGAGGAUAAACCGACUGCCUGACAAAAACUCAGCUUCUGGCCAUCCUCACUGCUUUUUCUGUCACCUGGAGCUUGGCUCUGACCGGGAAGUGCCUUCCAGUUUUGUCCGCUAUGUAGAUGUGGAAUUUGACAUGCCCACCACUUCUGCAUCCAAAGCCACUGUUCGGUCCAUCUCUGUCGAGGACAAGACCGAUGUGAGGAAGUGGGUCAACUAUUCAGCACACUACAGUUACAAGGUCGAAAUAGAGCAGAAAAAAAGCUUGAAUGAGGAUCUGAAGGGAGAAAAUACUGCAAAUGUCAAUGAAUGUGCUACACAGUAAAGGAAGAUCAGUUCACAAGUCCCAAGAGGGGUGGUCAAAUUAACAGACCUGGAAGAAAGGACUUGCAGGGCUUGGGUAUUUUUCUUUUAAAAAACAAGAGACUACUACUUUUAAAAUAAUGCUUUGAGGAGUAUAAUUUUUUUCCUUUGUGAUGAUCUGUACUUUGAGAAGAAUGUGGUCAGUAGUUUGGAAGGAAUCCAUGGGCUUUUGCUGGAACGGUAGAAGUACAGUUGUACAGUCAAGCCUUUUCUGCCUUUUCACCAUUUAGGUUCUGCACUCAAGUAUGGUCUGGCAACCAUCACAGCCACACCAGAAAAGAGCCUUUAUCACACGAUCUUGCCCUCCCACAUGAAGCAUUUUUUUUUCAAUGCCUUUUGGUUUGGCCACUCACUGAAUUGCUUCCUUCUGAACUGCCUAAUAAAAUUCAGGGAGGAUCAAGUGAAAAAUUAUAUAAAAUCUCCUUUUUGAAAUGGUC